GGCGGACCCCAGCGCCGCCGGCCGGGCUGCUCCCGCCGCGCCCGCCCCGAGCGCGCUGCAGCCCCGGGCGCAGGGGACCCGGGCACCACGCAGUCCGCCGGGCGCCCCCGGAGCUGAGCCCCGCGAGCACGCCGCCGGCGGCCCCGGCUCCCGCGGACCCUUCUCCAGCAGGUUGCUUUCAGCUAUGUAACAUUUUUCGAUCCCAUGAAAUGGAAAUUGACCAGUGCUUGCUGGAGUCCCUCCCCCUGGGCCAGCGGCAGCGGCUGGUGAAACGCAUGCGCUGUGAACAAGUCAAAGCUUACUAUGAAAGGGAGAAGGCUUUUCAGAAGCAGGAGGGGCUCCUGAAAAGGCUGAAGCAUGGGAGGACUCAGAAAGUUCAUUUUAACCUUGCUGACAUGCUGCAGGACGCAAUCAUCCACCACGAUGACAAAGAAGCACUGCGGCUCCUGAAGGAGGCGGCAGACCCUCACUUGCUGGUGUCUUCAGGACAGUCCCUGCUCCAUCUGUGUGCUCGGUACGACAAUGUCUUCAUUGCAGAGAUCCUGAUUGACAGAGGGGCCAAUGUCAACCAGCAGGAUGAGGACUUCUGGACACCAAUGCACAUCGCCUGUGCAUGUGAUAACCCUGAUAUCGUCCUGCUGCUUGUGUUAGCUGGAGCCAACGUCCUUCUCCAGGAUGUCAAUGGAAACACCCCGCUGGAUUAUGCCAUGGAAGGGACAGAGUCAAGCUCUAUCCUAUUGACCUACUUGGAUGAAAACGGGGUGGAUUUGACCUCCCUGCGCCAGAUGAAGCUUCAGAGACCAAUGAGUAUGUUAGCAGACGUCAAACGCUUCUUAGCCUGCGGGGGAAACAUUGACGAGAAGAAUGAUGACGGCGUCACACUGUUGCACAUGGCAAGUGCCAGUGGGUACAAGGAGGUGGUGGCUCUUCUCCUGGAGCACGGCGGGGACCUCAAUGUGACAGACAAUCAGCACUGGACCCCACUCCACCUGGCAGCAAAGUAUGGCCAGACGAGCGUGGUGAAGCUGCUUUUGGUGCAUCAGGCAGAUCCUCAGCUUCUGAACUGCAACGAAGAGAAGGCUUCAGAUGUCGCCGCAUCUGAGUUCAUUGAGGAAAUGCUGCUGAAAGCCGAGAUUGCCUGGGAGGGAAAAAUGAAGGAGCCUUUCUGUGCUCCGACCUUGGCCCAGGAGGAGCCCUAUGAAGAGGUGGUCUCAGACCUUCCCGCCCUGCCCAGCAAGCUCAGCCCCCUGGUGUUGCCUAUUGCCAAGCAAGACAGUCUGUUGGAAAAAGACAUUAUGUUCAAAGAUGCAACAAAAGGUCUGUGCAGGCGACAAUCUCAGGACAGGACUCUGGAGAACGCCGCCGUGAAUGGCCCCAGCAAACCCGAGCAGGUCAAGCUCAUGCCUCCCGCUCCGAAUGAUGACCUGGCAACGCUCAGCGAGCUCACGGACAGCAGUCUGCUCUAUGAAAUCCAGAAGCGCUUUGGGAACAAUCAGAUCUACACUUUUAUUGGAGACAUCCUCCUGCUUGUUAAUCCAUUCAAGGAGAUUCCGAUUUAUUCCACUAUGGUGUCCCAGCUGUACCUGAGCCAAUCCGGGCAGCCCUGCUCCUCGCUGCCGCCUCACCUCUUCUCCUGCGCGGAGAGAGCCUUCCACCAGCUUCUCCAGGAGCAGAGACCUCAGUGUUUCAUUCUCAGUGGAGAGAGAGGCUCUGGAAAGUCUGAAGCCAGCAAACAGAUAAUGACACACCUCACCCGGAGGUCUGGCUCCAGCAGGACUCCAUUCGAUUCCAAACUUAAACACGUCAUGGGCAUCUUAGAAGCCUUCGGACAUGCCAAGACCACCCUCAAUGACCUGUCCAGCUGCUUCAUCAAGUACGUGGAACUACAGUUCUGCGAGAAGAAAAAACACCUCGCUGGAGCCAGAAUUUAUACGUAUAUGCUAGAGAAAUCCAGGCUGGUUUCACAGCCUCUUGGCCAGAGCAACUUCCUCAUCUUCUACUUGCUGAUGGAUGGGUUAUCGGCUGAGGAAAAGUACGGACUGCACCUUAAUAAUUUAUGUGCCCAUCGGUAUUUGAACCAGAGCCUCCGAGAUGGAGCCACAGCAGAGCCCUCUCUGAACAGGGAGAAACUGGCUGUUUUGAAACAAGCCCUGCAUGCCGUUGGCUUCAGUCACCUGGAGGUGGAGAAUCUGUUUGUGAUCCUGGCAGCCAUACUACAUGGGGACAUUCGGUUCACUGCUCUGACCGAGGCUGACUCUGCGUUGGUGUCUGACCUCCAGCUUCUGGAACAAGUGGCUGGAAUGCUGCAAGUACCAACAGAUGAGCUGGUGUCUGCUUUAACCACGGACGUCCACUAUUUCAAGGGAGAGAUGAUCACGCGACGAAAUACGGUAGAGAUGGCCGAAUUUUACCGGGAUCUCCUGGCCAAGUCCAUCUACGGUCGCCUGUUCAGCUUUUUGGUGAAUACGGUGAACUACUUCCUCCACAAUCAAGAUGAGCCCAGCAGCUUGCACACUUGGGAUAUUGGAAUAUUGGACAUCUUUGGCUUUGAAGAAUUUCAAAAGAAUGAAUUUGAACAACUCUGUGUCAACAUGACCAAUGAGAAGUUGCACCACUAUAUCCACGAAGUGCUGUUCCUGCAGGAGCAAACAGACUGUGUUCAAGAGGGCGUUCCCAUGGAAACAGCUUAUUCUCUUGGUAACCAGACUGGAGUUUUGGAUUUUUUUUUCCAGAAGCCUUCUGGAUUUCUCUCUUUAUUGGAUGAAGAAAGUCAAAUGAUGUGGUCCAUGGAGCCAACCCUUCCUAAAAAGCUACAGAGUCUUCUAGAAUCCUCAAACACGAACGCCGUCUAUUCCCCGGUGAAGGAUGGCAACGGGAACCUUGCCGUCAAGGACCAGGGUGCAGCCUUCACGGUGAUGCACUACGCGGGCAGGGUAAUGUAUGACAUUGUUGGAGCAAUUGAAAAAAAUAAAGACUCUCUUUCCCAGAAUCUUCUAUUUGUGAUGAAAACGAGUGAAAAUGUCGUGAUCCAGCAUCUGUUCCAGUCGAAACUGUCCCAGACAGGGUCCCUUGUCUGUUCCGCUCCUUCCUUGAAAUUCAGAGGACGCAAAUCUGCCGCACUCAGUCAAAAGAUGACCAGUCCUUCAAUUACAGGAGAAAACAGGAACUAUCUAGAACUUAGCAAGUUAUUAAAAAAGAAAGGCAAGUCUGCAUUUCUUCAAAGACUUGAACGCGGAGGUCCGGCCACUGUAGCGUCGCAGCUCAGGAAAACGCUCACGGAUAUUACUGGGAAGCUCCAGAAGUGCACGCCACACUUUAUUCAUUGCAUCAAGCCCAACACCUCGAAGCUGCCGGACGCCUUCGAUACCUUUUACGUGUCUGCUCAGCUGCAGUACAUCGGGGUCCUGGAGAUGGUGAGGGUCACCCGGCACGGGUACCCCGUCCGCCUCUCCUUCUCAGACUUCCUGUCCAGGUACAAGCCCUUGGCCGAGACCCUCCCCGGGGGGACGAUGCUGUCGGCGGAGGAGAAGUGCCAGCUGGCUCUCCAGCAGUGCAAGCUACCGGGCUGGCAGAUUGGAGUUCGAAAAGUCUUUCUGAAAUACUGGCACGCCAACCAGCUAAAUGAUUUGUGCCUACAGCUGCAGCGAAAAAUUAUCACCUGCCAAAAAGUUAUAAGAGGAUUUUUAGCACGCCAGCGCCUGCAUCAGAAAAGGAGCAUCAGGCAGCAAGAGGCCACGUCCAUCAACAGCUUCCUGCAGGUCACCGAGGACAUGGGGCUGAAGACCUAUGACGCCCUGGUGGUUCAGAACGCCUCCGACAUUGCCCGUGAGAGUGACCGGCUCCGGAAGGAAACGAACGCCACUUUCCCCAAAGAGAAGGUGGAGGCCAGAAGCAAGCAAGAGGAAGGAACCAGAAGAGCUGAAGACAAGGCUGGACCCAGGCACUUCCACUGCAGCUCCGUCCCGGUGCCCCUGGCGGUGGACGGCCUGGUCCAGUCCCUGGCUAGUCCAUCCACCCGAUCUCCUUCUCUGCACUCCGUGUUCAGCCUGGAUGACAGCAGUAGCCUCCCGUCACCACGGAAACAGCCUCCGCCCAAGCCGAAGCGGGACCCCACCACGCGGCUGAGCGCCUCCUAUGAGGCUGUGAGCGCCUGCCUGUGGGCUGCGGCCAGGGACUCAGCCAGUGAAGUUCUCACCCGGCCCCGGCCGCACAGCGAUGACUACAGCACCAUGAAGAAGAUCCCCCCUCGGAAGCCCAAGCGAAGCCCCCACACCAAGCUCAGCGGCUCCUCGGAGGAGAUCGCGGGGGCGCGGCCCGGGGCGGCGGGGGCCGGGGCCGCGCUGGGCGGAGCAGGCGGCCCGCAGGGCAUCCCGGGGGUCCCCGCGCCCCCGGAGCCGGAGCCGGAGCCCGAGCCCGUCUACAUCGAGAUGCUGGGCCGCGCCGGCAGCCCCGAGCAGGCGGAGGCCGUGUACGAGGAGAUGAAGUACCUGGCGCCCCCCGAGGACGGCGGCGGCCGGGCGGUGGGCGUCUCGGCGGCGUCCUCGUCGCCCCCUCUGCCCCGCGAGGGUCGCAGCCCCCUCCCGCCGCCCGAGGACGGCGACGCCGGCCGGCCCUGCAGGGACGCGUGCGACAUCCCCGCGCCCUUCCCCAACCUGCUGGCGCACCGGCCCCCGCUCCUCGUGUUCCCCCCGACCCCGGUCACCUGCUCCCCCGCGUCGGACGAGUCGCCCUUGACGCCCCUGGAGGUGAAGAAGCUGCCGGUCCUGGAGACCAACCUCAAGUACCCCGUGCAGCCCGAGGGCUCCAGCCCCCUGUCCCCGCAGCACCCCAAAACCCCAAAGGCGGACGGCGACCGGCCCGCGUCCCCCGGCGCCCCCGCGUUCGCCGGGUCGCUCAAAGCCUCGCCACCCCCCACGCCCCCGCCCGCGCCCCCCGACCCCCCGGCCGCCGCGCACUUCACCUUCCCCGCGGCCCCCGCCGACCUGCCCCGGGGGCCCCCAAAGCCCAGCCCGCCCCCCGCGGGCGCGCCCAGCAGCCCCUUCCCCAAGGCCCCGUACUCCCCGGGGAAGGCAGCCCGGGCGGACCUCAGGAAGGCCCCGCCGGGCGCCCCCUCCCCGGCCCCCUACAGCCCCCCGCACUCCCGGCCUCUGGGCAGCCCCCUGGACGAGCUGGCCAGCAUCUUCAGCUCUGGACGGAGCGUGCUCCGGAGAUCGGCGGCCGGCAGGAGGAUCCGGGAGCCGGAAGGUUUUGAAACUAACAUGAACCUUGCCAGCCGCGAUGAUCUUGGUUCAUCAGAAAUCGCAUCAGAGACCCAAGAUAGAAAUGCCAACAACCGUGGACUUCAGUUGUCUAACUCCCUGUCCAGUGCUGUCACGGCUGAAAAUGGAAAUUCCGUCUCAAAUGGUGUACCUGAAGAUGGUUUCUCCAGGGUGUCUGGGAGCGGAACCUCAUCCUUUCAGAGACAGAGAGAGAGUCACACCACUCAGGUAAUCCAUCAGCUGAGGGUGUCAGAGAACGAGAGCGUGGCUCUGCGGGAGCUCCUGGACUGGAGGCGGAAGCUCUGCGAGGAGCGCGAAGGCUGGCAGCAGAUCCUGGGCCACUCGGAGCCCAGAGCGCCUCCCCCGCCGCCCUGCAAAAAGCCGACCCUCUUGAAGAAGCCCGAGGGGGCCUCCUGUAGCAGGCUGCCCCCCGAGUUCUGGGACACCACCAUGUGAUGGGCAGGGCUCACGGGUGAAACCUGGGAUGCCAGGUUCACGGACAGAGGCUGCCUCUACCUGGGGUCCACGCCGGGGGCGGGCUGCACACACCCAUGGGAGACGCACAGGGCGGUGGCGAAAUAGACGAGACGCCCUGGGGGCGGGGGGCGCGUGGGCCUGUGCGCAUGCGCGGGUUCUUCCUCUCCUGUUCUGCGGGGGCGCACGCUGAGCUUGAGGCUCAGGGGGCCUGGGGCCCUGCUCCCCCGGGGGUAGCGCCAGGCCAAGUGUAGACAAGGAGGGGGAAGCCGGUGGGAAGGCGAGCCGGCCCCGCCCACGUCCUCGUCCAGUUGUUUCUAUGUGAUGUGGUCCGACCACGUGUUUCUUGGACUCCGCUCAUGUUCCGAUCAGACACCCUGCAGGACGUACGUUUUCUUUCUUUGUGGGCAUUUGUGUUUUAUUGGAAUUACAAUCCUGGUCACUAUUUACAUGUUGGUUACUGUAUUUUAUAACUUUAUGCAAUUGGUGGUGCUCCCUUUCUUCAAAAUACAGAUUUUAAAAAAUCACUUCUAGAACUUUCUUUUUCCAGAUACCUUUUUCUUUUGAAAUGCUAGGUACCUAAAAAUCCGAGACAGUGUUGUCGCUUUCGCUUCGCAGUGUCAGGCCCUGCAAACCUACGCCCAGAGUCCCAGGUCUUGUCUCCUGUGUCCAUCCAUCAGGGGGCGGUUCCUCCCUGUGCCCAGCCAGUGCGUCUGGGUACCAGGACGGUGAACUCUUUAUUGAAAUCUCAUCCUCUGACUUCAGCGGAGGUUACAGAAAAUGAUGGGACAUGCCUGGAAACCCGCAUGCCUUCAGAUUCAUAGCUAGGGGUGUGCAGGGGUCAUAGCCGUUCAAGGGUCUACGCCGCACACAUUUUCACACGGAGAUUUUCUGGCCGGAGCAGUGAUGCCGCCCACAAGACGCUUGUCCUCGCCCGGCUCUGCUGCAUGGUGCCCCCGCUGUAGGCCCCCGCCCUGCUGGUGGCGCACCCGCCUUGCUUACCCUCGUGCGCUCCUGGCUUUUGGAAAGCUCUGAGCCCGGCCCUCCGCACAUCCUGUGUUGCUCCCUGGAACUCCCUACGCCUCUCGGCCUUUGAAAAGUUACUGUGCCAAUAAAAGGGUACAACUCUG